AUGUCAGGACGCAAGCAGGCACGACGGGCAUCUCGCGCUACGUACAAAUGGUACAGAGGUAAGAAGUUUUGGCCAUGGAACACACCCGACGAUAGUGCGGCUACAUUGGAAAUGGGCCCGCCACAAGGAUCCACCCAGCCGACUAGAUCCACCUCGCCGUGUGGAUUGAACCCGCCGCCGGGAUUGACUCCAGCAUUUGAGCCAGUAUCGACCUCGCCCCGUGAAUCGACUCCAGCGAUGGGAUCAGAAUCGACUGCGCCGUGCAAAUCGACUUCAGCGAUUGAGUCGGUAGCGCCGUUUGCAUCGGCAUCACCUCCAACAUUGGAUCCGCUGGGCCCGCAGGGCGUCGAUAUGCCGAAGAUGGAGCAAGUGCUCACGAGGUGA